UCAGCAUCCGUCGGUACAGCCAGCCACGACUGAAGAUGAUGAUCCUCUUUCACCAAGUUCUCCAUCACCGAGCUGAUGGCUCAUCGUCGUCAGAAGUACCCAUGGCUGAACGUUAAGCUUAAAAGGAUAUCCCACCCUCGGCUCUGAGACAAGAUAUUAGAUAAAGCAAACGCUCAACCCAGCAACAUAGAAAGGUCGCCUUGUCUCACUUAAUCAAUUGACUUGACCAUUGCUCUAUCCUUUUAUCUAUCCAUCUUGAACAUAGUCCCAUUGCCGGCCAUCGUUCAUUCCUACGUCCCCUUGGUUGAUCAUUUGGAGGCAAUCCCAAGCUACCAGAACUAGCAAUGGCCGACGGACUCAAUCAAGCACGUGCCCUGCGGGUUGCAGAGAUCAUAAACGACUACCGAACUCUACUUGUGCAUAUCUCUCAGCAAAACGUCCAAAUCCCGAGCGAGGAAGCCAACGAAGAGGGCUACAAGGCGAUCAGAGAAGGCCUGGCUGCCGCACAGGCAUUGAUGUCAUCCAACUACAACCCCAGCAUGACACCCACCCAGUCCAACGUAGAGACGGAAAAGGCAGAACUACAGAGAGUCAUUCUAGAUGCCAGUGCCCGGCGAUUCCAAGCCCAUCGCAUCUAUCUCCGGGUGGCAGCCGCCAGAAGAUGGGCCAUCAAUCGCCAGAACAUCCUACGAGGCCAGCGUGCAGGACCCCAACAUGCUGCUCAACUUAAGACCGUGAGCAAUACCUUCCGACAGGAGAUUACACAAGUAACGGAUCAGUACGUUGUUGCUGAUCUCCGGGCAGCCGACACGCGGUCAGGCCAUUGGCUGGCCGAUGAUCCUGCCCUGCCCAUGAUCCUUGCCUGGAUUCGUUCUCACCCAUAGAGUGUACGAUCCACGAUAUGCAACUUAGCACCCUGGUGAUUCCGGCAACCAGGGAGGUUGCAAUGUACGGAUAUGAUGUUCUAAGCAGUUUCGGGACUACGGUACCACCUUUCUUGAUUAUUUUGUUAUACCCUUUUGGGCGGCAUGUUAUUGGUGACAUCUGGGCGCAGGCCGCCUUGCUGUGCACUUUGAGGGAAAGAAAAAGCUCUAUGAUUUCCUAUGAUUCGUCUCCUGUGUUCUUUCUUUUUCGUUUCUUUUUCGGCUUCCAUUUCGGUCUGCUGCAGUGUUUGAUUUCCUUUCAUGUCAUGAUAUCCCCU